UUACCACAUUUUGCUUACUUGGUUUUUUUUUUUUAUUUUCAAUUCUUUUUCUAGCUUCUCUCAGGUAGAAUCUGAAGUCAUUGAUUGAAGACUUUUCAUCUUGUUCUUUGUUGGUGGUGAGUGCUAGACAUCUCCUGCUUCAUCAUCAUCAUCAUCGUCAUCAUCGUCAUCGUCAUCAUCGUCAUCGUCAUCCUCCGAUGAAAUCAGCUACAAAUGUUUUUAAUUAUUGGAAGCAUCAGUAUUACUACCGUUUAUGGAGGAACUGCUAUGAAGCCUGUUCUCUGCUAAAAUGUUGGCUAACAUUUUAUGUUUACAACUCUUUAAGCCCCUCGUCCUUUUAGGUAUUGUUCCUCUUCUUCCAUUGCCCCCAAGAUGCUGUGUGAUAUCUUUCCAGAGAAACAAGUCACCUCUCUCAGGGUUGUACCACACAGAUGUGGUUCUCUGCUUUCUUUGUGGUAUCUGAAUGUUUCUUCCUGACAUCCAUGGCACAUGACUGGUAUUUGGCCAUCGGAAUCUUCAGUGGCCUGAUCAUGAUGGUCUCCCAUGUUUGCAUCCUGGUGGCCAUCUGGAAGAUCCAGAUUGCUCAUGGGAGGCAGAACGCUUUGUCCACCUGCUCCUCUCACCUGGUAGUUGUCUCCAUCCUGUAUGGGACUCUUUUCUUAUCUCUGUUCGGCCUGGCUCAAGUCCCUCCCUGGAUCUCAAUAAAGUGAUUUCUCUGUUGUACACUGUGGUGAUGCCCAUGUGGAACCCCCUCGUCUACAGCUUGGGGAAUAAGGAGGAUGAUUAAAGGUGGCCUCCACGAUGAGCAGAAAUCUGAAGAAAAUUGCACAGAUACCUGGAGGAAAAUACAACAGGAGCCGAAGGAAAAGAGAGGAAGAUUCUGAGGUAGAAUCCUGUUCUGCCUGUUCCGAGAAUAGCAAGUGGACUACAUGAGGUGAUGGCAGGUGAGAAUCUAGAUCUUUCUAUUCAUCCCCUCCAUUGAGUCUUAGGAGGACUAAAUGGGUUAAUACUCUCAAAGCACUUUGAAGAAUGCCUUGCAUAUAGUAAACUUCUCCUGUGACCAGACUGAUGUUCUGUGGCAACUUUUCUUGUGUGUGUGUGAAUAAAUAGAUGUCACCUGUUUCCUGAAAUUCCUUGAAAGAUUCCUUACUGCUUGCAGAUAUAAAUUCAAACUGCUUUGCUUCAUGAAGUGUUUAUGAAGUUUGAUCCCAAACCCAGUUUUCUACCUUUGUAGUUGAGAUUUUUGUACCUCCAAUGUCGACUGCUUUUGUCUCUCAAAAAUUCUGUCCAAAGUUAUAGCUCUCCUUUGCUGCAUAACACCCCAAUCCACCUUAUUUUUAUGUGCCUAUAGCUUCCUUCCCUUUGAGAUUAGUCACAACUAAGAGACUCUUUUCAACAUCUCUGGUCACAACGAUCCUACCAUCCUCGUCACUCAUGGACUGAUCACGGGGUCCCUCGUGCUGCUGUGUGCCCAGACUCACCUUCUGAUUACAAGCUUUCUGAGACAAGGCUUUAUUUUAGAUUCUCCGACCUGCACAGCACCAAGGGCCAGUGCUCAUUAUGCAACAGGGAAGGCUCAAAAUGGGAUUUUGAAGUGUGUGAGGGGGUAGUCUCAAAGGGAGAGGUAGGUUUAUUUUGUACAAUGACAAUGGAUUCAAGUCACAGUACUGUUCUCUUGAGAGAACUUUAAUAUCUUCUCUAUAGACCCAAUCUCCUGAGCUUUUGAUUCCCUGAGGGAGUUGGCUCCAAUUUACACACAGCCCUUUAGAAAAAUCUCUCUGAUGUGUUGUGCAGAAUGGAGUCAAUGAACCCCGUUUUAAAGCGCUAUUGGAAUGCCCAGGCUUCAAGAUGGUAUCAUUGUAUUGUUUAUCUUCCUAGACACCUGAAGAAGCUGAGAAGAAUGACCAGUCUACUACGUUUGUAGGGUAAUUCAUUUUUAUGUCAGGGAAUGCUACUUUCAUAAUUUACUAUGACAUAAACAGGCAACGGCUGUAGGGAUGUUUCUUCAGAUAGGUACAUUGAGUGAAUUCCUAAAUGGCUUUCAGGAGCCUAGGUAUCAAAAAAUAUCAAAAAUGAUUUUAGAUGUCUGGAAAAGCCUCAUCUCUAAGCUUACCACGAAGAAUAAUUUGGUGCAAGUGAAAUAUUCCAUCCGUGUCUCUUGCUUUAAAUGACCUAACUUGAAUGAACAUGUUGGUUGAAUUCUGUGUUUGGCAUAGAGAUAGAGAAAUAUGCUGCAAGAUUUAUGGCUAAUGGGACGCUCAUGGGAACGAAGAAGAGGCCUUGACCUCUUUGGCUUUUAAUUUCUUCACUUGCCCUACAUGGAGUUUUAGAAGCAGAAAACAAACCACUGAAUCUGCUGACCUGAAUUCCAUGCUGCUCUUACCCUAAGUCACAUGCAUAUCUAGGAUCACGAUGGCUCUAUGCUAGAAUUUUUGCAUUAAGCAAGGUUGGAAAAAAGAAAGCAACAUGCAUUUUGACAGUCAGAAACUAUUGCUUUCACACGAUAGUUUGAGUUGGUUGAGAUCAUAGAUGGGGAAAUUCUAGUUUCAUCCUCAUAAAAUGUUUUCAUAACCCAAAUCUACUGUGGCACUGAAAACACUUUGUUUAUAUCUUCUUUGAGCAAAUAGCAAAUACACACAUAAAUGACCUGCAAUGGCUUUGCAUGUUUAGAAAAUACUAAACUCUGGAAGCAUGUCACUAACUACAGUACAGCUUUUCUGACUGUUCUUAAAUUCUGCCCCACCAGGCCUUUCCUUUCCAAGCUCCAUUGCUUCUGGGACAACGGGAGUGGGUUUUCAUUUCAUUACUUCCUGUUAUUCAACUUCCCGUUAAGCACAACCCCUUUCAAGCUUUCUUACCAGGGAAAAAUGUUAGAUUUCUGUCGAUACUUCUCCUGCCGCACAGCCCAUUGGUAUUUUUGUGUGAUUGUGCUGUUGUAAUCAUUACGAUUAUUUUAACGUCCAGAAUGUGCGUUUGUCUUCCUCAGUUUCCCGUUUUAUUUGGGUAUUACCCUUACUUCAUGUUUCUCUCACUUCCCGUUCAUUCACCCCCCUUUUCUUUUAUAAAAGAGUUAUUCUGAGAUAAAUUUUCAUAAGCAGGUUCAGAGGUAGUACAGAGAGGCUCCCAUCCCCUUCACCCAGGUUUCCCCAAUGGCUACAUCUUACCAACUACAGCACAGCAUCAAAUACAGGAAAUGGAGAUUGGUGUGAUGUGUGGAUUGCUCUAUACCAUUUUACUUCGUGUGGAGAGAGAUUUGCUUAACCAACUCAACCAUCAAGGUACGGAAUUCUUCCAUCUCUACAUGGAUGUCCCUGUGCUACACCUUUACAGUCGCACCUUCACCCUCCCUGCCUGUCCCAAUCUCAGACAACUACUAACCUGUUCUUCCUUUCUAUAAUUUUACCAUUCUGAGGAGAUAAUGUAAAAAUAGAGUUCUGAACUUUGAGAUGGGCUUUUUUUCAACUCAGUGUAAUGACCUUGAGACCCAUUCAAGCUUGUAUCUGUAUCAUAUAUUUUCCUCUUUCUUACGGAAUAGUAUUCCCCGGUAUGGACAUUCCAGAUUGUUUAACCAUUUAUGUAUGGUAGGAAUUUGCGUUGUUCCAGAUAUCUGGCCAUUAUGAAUAGAGCUUGUGUCAAUAAAUUUACAGGCUUUUGUGUGGGCAUAAAUUUUCAUUUCUUUGGGAUAAAUACUCAUGUGUGUCCUUUUCAUCCCUAAAUUAUUGAUUUUCUUUCCCAGCUCCUAUUAGUACUUAAUUGGUUACAACACUCACUCAAUAUUUAAGAACUAGUUUAUUCUUUGAUGAACUAACAAAUUUGAUGGACUUUGAUGACAUUAAUGGGUACAUCCACCAAUGACUGGAGGAAUGUAGCUGUUUGUAAGGUGUCACCAAGGAGAUCCUGUGGAAGAUUUUAAUCCCUGGUCAAAGCCAUCCUCCCAGGUAUGAGCUUGCCCUCCUUUCUGGAAUCACAAGUCUGUCUUUUCCACACCACAACUGACUGUUUAUCUAGAGUCUAAAGGAAUCGGCAAAGAAGUUACAUUUCUAAUACCCUGAACCUACAGUUAGGGUAGAUAAGGUAUUUGCCUGAGUUCAGAAAAAUUCACAUAAUGCUUUUUGUCUAGAAGAUGUUUCUUAAAGGAUACUCUGUGCAAUGUAGGAAUUUUAAAAAAUGGGAUCUGGCACAGUUAGAGGACUUGCUUUAGAAGGUCACCAAAGGUCACAUCUGGGUCUAAACUUCUGUGAUUUUCUUCAAAAAUCUUGUGAUCGGGAAUAAACUGAAGUGCUGAGAGAGGUUCAGUGUUUAGUAUCACACAGAUAGCAAAUACUGAGGAUGGCCAUUUGGAGGUAGAAGUCAAGAGUGUGAUCUCUCAGUCUACCCUAUGAACUUGAAAAAUGUUGGAAGUUAAAUUCAUUUUCUUACAUCGAUUUGUUUAUUUUGAGAGAGAGGGUGCACACCCAAGAGUGAGGGAGGGGCCAAGUGAGAGGCGAGGGAGGGAGUCCCAGGAGGGUCCAUGCUGUCAGCUUGGAGCCUGACUAGGUGCUCAAAUCCAAGCACCAUGAAAUCAUGACCUGAGCCAAAAUUAGGAGUCAGACACUUAGCCAACUACUUAGUCAACUACUUAGCCAACCACUUAGCCAACUACCAGCUACCCAGGUGCCCCAAAGAAGUUAAAUUCAUUUUUAAAAACAAUUUAAUUAUAAAUUAAUUGUAAUGAAAAAUCUUUCUCUCAUUACAGAUUAAAUCAGAGAAAUGGAAUUUAGAAAUCAAACUUUGGUCACUGAGUUUUUAUUUGUGGGCUUAACAAAUUACUUCCAGCACCAGGUUGUUCUGUUUGUGAUGUUUCUCUUGGCUUAUCUGGUCACUCUUCUGGGAAAUGUGGGGAUGAUCACCCUCAUUUGGAUGGAUUCCCGGCUCCACACUCCCAUGUACUUUUUUCUCAGCCACUUGUCCUUUGUGGAUGUCUGCUCCUCUUCUGUCAUUGGUCCCAAGAUGUUGACAGACAUCUUUGUGAAAAAAAAAGUAAUCUCUUUCUUGGGUUGUGCUUCCCAGUUAUGGUUUUUUGGUCAGUUUGUAGUGACAGAGUGUUUCCUGUUGGCCUCCAUGGCUUAUGACAGGUAUAUGGCCAUCUGUAAGCCCUUGUUGUAUACACUCAUUAUGUCCCGGCGAAUCUGUGUGCAGCUGGUGGUAGGGCCUUAUACCAUGGGUCUUAUAAGCGCCAUAACGCAUACGACGUUUGCCUUUCGCCUGCCUUACUGUGGUCCAAAUACCAUCAAUCACUUCUUCUGUGACCUUCUUCCUGUUCUCUCCCUGGCAUGUGCAGACACCCAGGUCAAUCAGGUUUUACUUUUCAUCUUGGCUGGAGCUCUAGGAGUGCUCAGUGGUGUGAUCAUCCUGGUUUCCUACAUUUACAUCGUGGUCACUAUCUUGAGGAUCCGCUCUGCUGAGGGGAGGCGCAAAGCCUUCUCCACCUGCUCUUCACACCUGACUGCUGUCUCCAUCCUGUAUGGGACACUCUUCUUUAUCUACGUACGCCCCAGUUCUAGUUUCUCGCUGGACAUCAAUAAAGUGGUUUCUGUGUUCUACACAGCCGUGAUCCCCAUGUUGAACCCCCUUAUCUACAGCCUGAGAAACAGAGAGGUCAAGGAUUCAUUCAGAAGGACGUUUGAGAAGAAGAAUCUUCUUCUGAGUAGGUAAACUAGAUGCCAUUUGCACUACAGAUUGAGAGGUGAUAUAGACACAAGAUGCAGGGCAUGGGCUGGGUGAUGGGAGUCCUACUUUUGUGUUGAGAUUCAAUUUUUAUACUGUGUGUCAUUGAGAAGUGAUAUAUCUUCAGAUUACAAUUUUCUCACUUGUCAUUGAACAGAAAUGAGUUUUAAAGUGUUAAACUGAAGUACAUGGAUUAUUGAACCCCAAUGCUUUAAGAAUACGGUCCGUGUUGGGGCGCCUGGGUGGCUCGGUUAGUUCAGCGUCCAACUCUUGGUUUUGGCUCAGGUCAUGAUCUCAUGGUUUGUGUUCAAGCCCUACAUCAGGCUCUGCACUGGUAGUGCUGAGCCUGUUUGGGAUUCUUUCUCUCUCCCUCUCUUUCUGUCUUUCCCGUGCCUUCUUUCUCUUUCCUCUGUCAUAAUAAAUAAAAUAAAAAAUAUUCUCAGUGUUUGUGACUAGGGUAUGAGAGGCUCUUUGCUAAGUCCUGUUAAAUUAUUAUUAUGUUAGAAUCAUAAUCAGUGACUUGACGCUACUUCUGUUUAGCUCACAAGGUGUUGAGAUCCCUCAAUUUUCUGGAAGCUUAGCCUUGACUCUUUAAACAAAAGCCAAUAACAAGUAUAUUAUGGUUAAAGAUAGAAACUUCUACUUGCAAGGUAAAUAUGUCUUGGGAAUGUAAUAUAAACAUGGUGACUAUAGUUAAAAAUACUGUACAUUUGUUAGUUGUUAAAAGAGCAGAUCUUAAAAGUUCUCUUCACAAGAAAAAAAUUAAUAACUACAUAAGGUUAUUUAUGUUAACUAAACUUAUUGUGGUUAUCAUUUUGCAAUAUAUAUGUAUAUCAAACAAUUAUGUUGUACACCUGGGACUAAUACAAUGUGAUAUGUCAACUAUGUAUCAACAAAAUGAGAAAAAGUUAAUUAUUCAGGAAGUAUGUAGCCAUAGCACUCUCUAAUACCACCUUCACAUUUGGAGUAGACAAUUUGCAAAGGGCCUUUUACAUCCCUGAUCCUCUCUACUCAUAUAAUACCUUGCUGAGAUUUUGUCACGGCAUUUACACUUAUGCAUGUAAAAUUCAGAAUGCAUUGCAAGUCUUUAAUAAAGUGUUGGCUAUGCUCUA